GUGUAUGGCCGUGUCGGGGCGGGGUGGGGGCGUGUCGGGGGCGGGUCCCCGCCUGAGCAAAUGAGGCUCACGGGGCGGGGCUGCGUCAGUUUCGCGCUGAGUUUGGUGUGGAGUCCUGCGCUCCCCUGCAAGUUCGCAGCGUCUGCCACUUCGGAAAUGGUUCGCCCGCUGAACUGUAUUGUCGCCGUGUCGCAGAACAUGGGCAUCGGCAAGAACGGGGAGCUGCCCUGGCCCCCACUCAGAAAUGAAUUCACAUAUUUCCGGAAAAUGACCACCACCUCUUCAGUAGAAGGUAAACAGAAUCUGGUGAUAAUGGGUAGGAAGACGUGGUUCUCCAUUCCUGAGAAGAAUCGACCUUUAAAGGACAGAAUCAAUUUAGUUCUCAGUAGAGAGCUCAAAGAACCUCCAACAGGAGCUCAUUUUCUUGCCAAAAGUCUUGAUGAUGCCUUAAAACUUAUUGAGCAGCCAGAAUUAACAAAUAAAGUGGACAUGGUUUGGAUAGUGGGAGGCAGCUCUGUGUAUCAGGAAGUUAUGAACAAGCCGGGCCAUUUGAGACUGUUUGUGACAAGAAUCAUGCAGGAAUUUGAAUGUGACACAUUUUUUCCAGAAAUUGAUUUGGAGAAAUAUAAACUUCUUACUGACCUCCCCUCCCCUCCGUCUCUGUUCAUCUAGGAACUUGGCAUUGCGCCACACUGUCCAGUAAGGCACCCAGCGCCUCCCUUGGUCUGGCAUCUUUCCAUGCAGCUCCCACUUGGUUCAGAUUGGUAUGGUCCCUCUCCGUGCCCCUCAGUCAUCACAUCAGUUUCCACUGAAAUACAGUACCUCUCAUUCAUGCACGUUUCCUGGUCCUGGAAAACACCGGGUAGGUGAAAGAUGAACGGAGGACAGUCAUGAAGAGAGGAAAGGUGACCUGUAGAUGAAGUCACAGCUGGCAGAAGCUUCCAAACAGAAAUCAAUACGGACACGGUCAGAUGGUUUCGCUCUGCUCCUGCCUCUUCUCGCCCAGAGCUGGUCUCUCUCCAGUCCUCCUUGGCACAGCAACCACUCCAGUCAGCCUGCACCCAUCAUCCCUGAGGAAAGCUCACUCUCAGACUGUUUCAUGGUGGAAAUCCAGCCAAAUCAGCAGGUCCAGCAUUUAACAGCAGGAGAUUUCUGCUUAAUGAGCCCCAUAUAGGCUUUUCUAAUCAACCUUCCAUGUGGCCAUGGUGUCAGAGGACAAAGACCCCCACAAGUGGUUGUGUAGGGAGUUGGCUCAGGGCUGGGCCUGAUGCCCUCCAUCGGUAGGCAGCUUGAAGUGAAUCUGCUGGGUGCCACCUGAGUGUCCAGCACAAGCCUGGACCGUAACUGUCCUCCUUACCUAGGCGUCUUUCUCCUCCUGGAGCCCCUGCUGCUUUAUAGAGUCUUCAUUUGAGCUUAGUUGUCAUUUGUUUCCUACAGAUAACUAUUUUAAGAACUCUGUUUACCUCUCCCUUAGAUACAUUGCUGCUGCUUCUGAAAUAUAAAUUAUUCACGUAAUAACACCUUUUUUUCCUUUCCUUACACAUUAUGCGACUAUUACCUUCAUGUUUCUAAUUAUAUUUUCUAAUCAAGAUAAUAUCAUCUAUAAUUAGCCAGCAAAGGGUUAACACCUAAUCAUUUUCUUUUUAAAAUAAGGCCUACACACAGCAAGUAAUGUUAAACCCAGCUCUGUGGGCCUGCUGGCAUCCUGCUUGGGCUAGGCGGAGCUCAGGGGCCAGAACUGGCGGUACUUGGGGGCACAGGCAUGGCCAAAAUUGAACUCGGGGCCUUUGUGCAUGCCAGCAUGAGCUCCAUCAUUUGAGCUGUCUCCCUAGCCCGUAACUAUUAUUUUGGAGAAGAGGGGUUGGAAAAGCAAGUGCAAGUCAAGGGGUGCUCAGGAGGUCAGGGCAGGGAGCCCCAACAUUGAUUUUCAGCCAGCCAGGUCCACAGUUCCAAAGAAGAGCCCGAGAAUGCCAGGCUGACCAUGCCCUUCGGUGUGAGGGACAGCAGGGCCACAGUGUGGCACAGAGGGUCUCUAGAACUUACACAUCUUGCAUGACUGAAACUUUAUACUCUUGAGUAAGAAUAUUAGGGUUUUUGUGUAUCCUUUUCCCCCCUCCCACCUGACACCCAGUCUCUGGCUGUUCCCAGCAGUUUGACUCUUAGACACUCCCAGAAAUAGAAUCCUGAGGUACACAGCUGCCCAUGACUGGCUUUGCUUAGAGUGAGCCCCUUUCUGUUUGUCUUGUUGCAUAUGGCAGAAUGUUGUUUUCUUUAAGGCAGAAUAAUACUCCAUUUAUAGUACACAUCACAUUUUGUUCCUCUCGUCAUCUCAGGUUGCUUCUACUUCUUGGCUUGUGUCAAUAGUGCUGCAGUAAACACAGCAUGUGUCUCUUAAGUUUAAAAAAGGGGUGGGAGGCAGAGAGAUGCUACAGGGAGCUGGGAGUAAGACAUAACUGACCCAGGGGCUGGAGCGAUAGCACAGUGGGUAGGGCGUUUGCCUUGCACACGGCCGACCCGGGUUCGAUCCCCGGCAUCCCAUAUGGUCCCCCAAGCACUGCCAGGAGUAAUUCCUGAGUACAAAGCCAGGAGUAACCCCUGAGCAUCGCUGGGUGUGACCCAAAAAGCAAAAAAAAAAAGACAUAACUGACCCAGGUUCCAUCCCCAGCACUGGAUUUGGUCCCCUGAGCAUUGCCAGAAGUGAUCCCUGAGCCCAGAACUAGGAGUAAGCUCUGAGCACAGCCAGUUGUGGCCCACAUCUAUUCCCUGCCUUUCCCCACCCCUCACCCUCCACCCCUCUGCCCCCCACCUCCCUCAAAAAAUGAAUGCAAGUCACAUCCAAAAGAACAAAAGCAACCGCUGUUGGAGAGGAUGUGGGGAGAAAGGGACCCUUCUUCACUGCUGGUGGGAAUGCCGGCUAGUUCAGCCCUUCUGGAAAACAAUUUGGACGACUCUCAAAAAAUUAGAUAUUGAAUUCCCAUUUGACCCAGCAAUACCACUGCUGGGAAUAUAUCCCAGAGAGGCAAAAAAGUACAAUCGAAACAACAUCUGCACAUGUAUGUUCAUCGCAGCACUGUUUACAAUAGCCAGAAUCUGGAAAAAACCCGAAUGCCCCAGAACGGAUGACUGGUUGAGGAAACUUUGGUACAUCUAUACAAUGGAAUACUAUGCAGCUGUUAGAAAAAAGGAGGUCAAGAAUUUUGUAGUUAAGUGGAUGGGCAUGAAAAGUUUCAUGCUGAGUGAAAUGAGUCAGAAAGAGAGAGACAGACAUAGAAAGAUUGCACUCAUCUAUGGUAUAUAGAAUAACAGAGUGGUAGACUAACACCCAAGAACUGUAGAAAUAAGUACCAGGAGGUUGACUCCAUGGCUUCGAGGCUGGCCUCACGUUCCGGGGAAAGGUCAACUCAGAGAAGCGAUCACCAACUACAUUGCA